AUGCCUGAAACUAUUUGGUCUAAUACGAGUGGAAAUACUAACAGUUUUAGAAAUGCUUUGGAUUCUAUGGAUCCAGAUGUAGCUAAAAUGUUAAGUUAUAAUGAUCCUUUAGGAGGUGGGGAUGAUUUAAUGACUAGAAGAUUAUCUUUCAAUGAUGGUAGUGAUAUUGAUAGUAAUAACCGAUUCGGAUUAAAAAUUGGAGCUUUAUCUGCUAUUACAGCACCUCCUGGAUAUACUAUGAACAAUGCUCCUUCACCUCAACAGAACCGUCUUGGUUUAGGGACUGCCUCAAUUAGUGGAGGAAUCGCCAAUAGACAUCCUCCUCAAGAUAGUUUCUUACAGAAAUUUGGAUCUGUUGGUGAAGCUACUAGAGAUAUUGAAUUAUCUAAUAAUUUCUCCAAUUUGAAUUUAGAAAAUAAUAAUUCCAGAAGAACUAGUUUCAAUAGUCAUCAACAAAGAGAUAUCAAAAUUCAAGACGUUAAUUUAGGUUCUCCUUCAGGUUCAAUCAAUGAAAGUUUGAAUUUGAAUAAUAGAAAUUCGCGUCAUCAAUCAAUUAGUGAAAAGAUUGAUCAUUAUAAUAGUACUUCACCUAUUCCAACAGGUGCUACUUUAACUGCUGAUUUACAACGUGAUGGAUCAUAUCAAAGUGUCAAUUCUAAUGGACCACCAAAUAAUCAAUAUCAACAGCCAAAUUUUUGGAAUCCAGCAACAGCUGCUUCUUUCACUCCAAGUUUCUAUCAACAAAAUUCUAAUAAUGAAGCUUAUAUGAAUAAUAUGAUGCAAUUCAAUCCUUAUAACGGUAGAAAUGGAAAUCAAGCACCUCCACCACCUCAAUUCAUGAUGCCUUCACCACCUUAUCAAUUCUUCGAUCCAAGAAUGUAUAAUUAUCCUACAGAUUCUAAUGAAGAAGAAAGUCCCAAAGAUGAAGAUAAAAAGGAUGAGAAGGAUACUAAGGAACAAAAGAGUAAUUAUCUUCAUCAACCUGGUAUUGGACUUCCACCAAGGCAAAUGAACCCUGCUUUUAUGUUUCAACCUUUCAGUCCUUAUUCGAUGUUUCAACAAUCACCUCCAAUGAUGAAUGUUGUACCUCAAGAACCUGUUGAAACUGAAGAAAGUGAAGUUCCUACACCUCCAGAAACCACCACAUCCACUGCUCCUAAUCCAAAAAAGAAACUGAGUAAGAAAACUCCCACCAAUGGAGGUCCUCAUAUUUACAGAUCUCCAUUAUUAGAAGAAGUAAGAUCAAAUUUCAAAGGUAAAGAAUAUUUCUUGAAGGAUAUUUAUGGCCAUGCUAUUGAGUUCACUAAAGAUCAACAUGGUUCAAGAUUUAUCCAACAAAAAUUACCUGAUGCUUCUGAAGAAGAAAAGGAAGUGAUUUUUAAUGAAAUUAGAGAUAUUUCUUAUGAAUUGAUGACGGAUGUUUUCGGAAAUUAUGUUAUUCAAAAAUAUUUCGAAUUCGGUAGUAAAACUCAAAAACAUGUAUUGUUAGAUCAUAUGAUUGGUCAUAUCUAUGAUUUAUCAUUACAAAUGUAUGGAUGUAGAGUUGUUCAAAGAGCUUUAGAAGCUAUUGAAUUGCCUGGCCAAUUAAAGAUCAUUUCUGAAUUGAAGGAUUAUGUACUUAUUUGUGCCAAGGAUCAAAAUGGGAACCAUGUUAUCCAAAAAUCUAUUGAAAGAAUUCCUUUUGAAAAAGUUCGUUUCAUUUUAACAAGUUUAGAUUCUCAAAUCUAUCAUUUAUCGACUCAUCCUUAUGGAUGCAGAGUUAUUCAGAGAUUAUUAGAAAAUAGUAAACCUGAAGAUCAAAAGAGAAUCUUGAAUGAGUUAAAUAGAUACAUAUUUUAUCUUAUUCAAGACCAAUAUGGUAAUUAUGUUAUGCAACAUGUUUUAGAAAGAGGUUCUAAAACUGACAGAGAAGAAAUCUUAAAUAUUGUUUUAUCACAAGUUGUUGAAUUUUCCAAACACAAAUUUGCUUCCAAUGUUAUUGAAAAGUGUAUUAAGUUUGGUGAUUUACAACAAAAGAAGAAAGUUUUAAGUGAGGUUUUGAAAGGGAAUGAAGAUUUAUCUAUUGAAAUUGUAGAUGAUAGUUCUCCUUUAGCUUUAAUGAUGAAAGAUCAAUAUGCUAAUUAUGUUAUUCAAAAAUUAGUUGAAGCUUUUGAUACUAAAAGUGAAGAAAAACGUUUACUUGUUUUAAAAUUAAGACAAUAUUUAAAACAAAUUUCUUCAAAGAAUAAUUAUGGUAAACAUUUAGCUUCGGUUGAAAAAAUGAUUAUUGUUGCAGAAACGGCUUUGAUUGAAGCUGAUAAUUCUUAG